GCGACCGCGACGGUGGCCGCCCCCCGCAGUGGCGGGGCCGCCACGACGCCUGCUGGUGCCUCCUCCCGUCAGCUCCAUGGCGAGCGCCGUGGGCAGGGCGACGUGUUCUACUCGCGGGAGAGCGCCGCUGCGCGCCCGCGCAGCGCCUCGCCGACCGGGGGCAGCGGCCGGUGCUCCAGCGGCCGCGCGUCGACAGAGGCGACGCCCGGCUCGGGCUGCUGCGGCAGCCCGGCAGGCG